GUUCUGGGGAAAUCGCGUUUUCGUUGCCACUUCAACAAAUUCAUCAGCAUUUAUCGUCAUCUCAUCUGCAAUCAUGGCGCCAAUGACACGAAGUGGUGUGGGUUCGAUACCCCCGCCGGAAGGACUGCGACCUCCACGAGAAGUAAGCUCAUGCGUCUACCUGCCCUUUACCCCGACGUACAUGCUAAUCAUCCACCGGCUAUAGAAGUACCGCGAAGCAAGCUGGCAAUUCGUGGGUGUAUGAGCCACUUCUUUCAUAUCUCUGACGCGAUUUUAUUGACAUGUCGGACUUACAGGCGGAUUCGCGACACGAACGAGACCUCUCCGAAGAGCCUCAUUCCUCCUAUGACGAAGAUACAGAUAUGCUGUCGCGAGAUGGCUACGGCGCUGGGAGUAUGUCCAUAAGUAAAAUGUUGCACGCUGCAGUUGACUAAUGGGAUUUGUUAGACGAUGGGAGGCAGCUUCAACUUGAAGGCCCUGAGGACCACGAGGAUAUCCUGCACCCUCUCCGUGAAGCUGCAAACCGAGUUGGGCGCGAGGUCGAGAAAUUUGCGGAAGUAUUGGAUGGUUACAAUCCUCUACGGGCUACGGAUACCCAGCAAAGACAUGAAAUGACCGCCGAUUUGAUUGAACGGUACCAUGAGAUCGCAAAAGAAACUUUAGGUCGGCUACGCGAACAACAUGAAGGGGAACGACUGCGAUCAAAAGGCAGGGCGUGGAGGAAAAUGUGGGGUCCUGGAUUGAAGAUAGCCAAUGAUACGGACGAGCUGGAUUCGGAUUAUGAAGAUUCGCCAAACGCCGAAUUUGCGCAACAAACCACUUUGGAAGACUUAGAACGAUGGGAACAGGAGGCGCAAACUUGGGAUCUAUUAGCACGCCUCGUCGAAGUCCGUCACCCAGCUCACGAAUUGGAGAAUGUAAAGGUUCCACAUCGAUCUUCCAUCCACCCGUAUUCGACAGAGCAGGAGCUUUGGGACGAUUUUCUCCAGUCCGAUGAGCUUGCUAUUGAGCGCAAAACUGUCCUCGAGUGGCUCAAAGACACGGCCCAAGAGUCUGGAGAGGACAUCAACGAGAUGGUCAAGGAACUACAUCAAAAUGCUGAAAGAGGUGACAUAAUAGCACAUGGAUGGAUACACACCAAGACUGCCAUCAAACAGUCGAAGCGUAAUCUCGGGGCUCAUGGAUGUCUGGACCCAGAGUCGAAUGACGUAAAGAGACUACACUUGAAUUCUUCAAAAACUGAGAUUUUGGUUUCUCAGCUGGAUCCCGAUGCUAUGGCGCGACAGGGUAGGAAAUUACAGAUAGAGGAUCAAUAUUUCGAAAGAGCUAUGUGGCUGGGCUGUUACGAGAUGCUACGUCGUGGAACAAGCCCUGACGAUAUUCGAGAAUGGUGUAUGGAUCGCACGCAAAUCUGGCGAGCUGUCAGCAUGGCAAGUCUUCCCAAUGAACGCAUGAAGAAUACGGAUGGCAACGGUGUCAAUCACGAUCCUGCUGACCCAUCAUCUUGGAGAUUAUGGAGGCGCAUGUGCUUUGCUCUGGCUCGUCAAGGGGGAGCUGGUGAUUAUGAGCGUGCUGUUUAUGGCAUUCUCAGCGGUGAUGUAGCCAGUGUCGAGCAUGUCUGUCGUUCCUGGGACGAUUUCCUAUUUACUCACUACAGCGCUCUUUUACAAACUCAAUUCGAUAACCACCUCCAAACCCAUUAUUCACCAGCGGGACCGCCGAUAUCUAUGUCAAACUUUGGUGUUUUCGAUGCUGUGCAGUUUCAUGGCGAUCCAAAGACUGCUGCAGAAAGAUUGAUUGAAAAACUGGAGAGCGACGUACGGACCAAGGAAGAAGCACUGAAGCCGAUGAAGAUGAUUCAAGGUGUCUUACUUGCAAACAAAUUUCCAGCUUUCAUAUACCAGCAAGGGUCAGCGCUCUCAAAAUUCGCAAAUGCAGCCAACCCAUCAAAUUUGAUACCAAUGCAAAAGUACCAUCCUGAUAACAUCGAAAAAUACGUUAGAACGGAAGAUCACGAUAGCUUGAGAGUGCUCACUCAUGUUCUGUUGGCAUACAGGGGUCUUGGAGUUGACUUUGGCGGUGCAAGUACUCAGACUACGAUAGACAACGUGAUGGUCGCAUAUAUCAGCUUCCUAAAACUGGCUGGCAAAGAGGAGCUUAUACCACUCUACUGCUCUCAACUUAGCGGAAAACGAAGAUAUGCUACGCUUAGCAGAAGCCUCAUCGAUAUCACGGAUCAUGAGCAGCGUGUCACACAGAUCAAGCUCAUGAGGGGCCUUGGGUUGGAUGUGCAAACUUUUGUUACAUCACAAUCUCGAUUCCUGAAUGGCGAUUAUCCUGAUAAUCCAAAAGACUUUCCAGCUGCUGGUCAAUUUAGGUUGCUAACGACUCUGCCAGGUUCGGAGGACCCAGUCCUUAAGGAGGACUUCUGUGGAAUAGAUGACAAUACUGAAAGAACAGACAUGCUCCUUAUCAGAAGUCUUGAGUGGUAUUUGCUUGUCGAUGGUCUUUGGAGUGAAACAUUCAACUUCGGCUCUAAAUUAUUUUGCCGAUUUCUCAGUGAGUCGGUACCAUUUGUGACUCAACCCAAGCUAACCCUCUUUCUUUUAGAAAAUAUGCAACUUCCCGCAGCUCGAAUGCUUGUUUCCAGAGUUAGCUCCAAUGCAAUUGCGCUUAGCAAGACUCAUGCCAUCUUGGACGAAAGAUUGGAUUUUAACGGCCUGGAAGAGGAAGGCGAAGAAGAUUUAACCGAUGUUUUAGAUGGUAUAUCUGACCAGAAAAGACUCUUGAAGAAAUUUAUGCUUGCGGAAGCAAAGAACUUCCGAGAACUGGAGGCUCUAGUUGAAGUCCUAGAUAACAUAGAGACCAUCAGUGGCAUCGAGAACAUCAUGCGAGAGUAAGCUUGACAAAAUGUACUUCCGGUGGCUGCAUUUUACUAAAUUGUAUUGAUCUAGGCAAGACCCAUCUCAGCAUUCUGCCGGUUACAAAAUGGAAAAGCAGGCUGUGGUAAAAACAUUGAUGUACAUUCGCGGAUUCGUUCCCACCCUGGCCAAGGGUUGGCUUCUUACAGUUUCCGAACGUAAGUUCCUCCGUUCAUGAACUAUAUGGCCCAUAACUGACUGUAGCAGCAUCUUUGGAAGACCAAUUCGUAUUUAUAAGAGAAACAUAUCUCCCCGAGACGAUUAUGGCCUUUAUUCGCGUUCUGGAAUUUUCGGGCCGUAUUCUAACUCGGGACUUCCUGAUGGAGUGUAUGGAUGUAGCAAGUGUUAUCGCCGACGAAGACUCCGACUUGCUACCUCUUUUUGCGAGCACGGGUAAAAUGCAAGACCUGGUAAAGGUUGUGACCUAUGCCAGUAAGACUCUACUGCUUAUGACCUCUUCAAGAGGCAGCGCAGCAACGAGAAGCCGAAAAUUAAGAGCCAAGGGUUGGACGCAGCAUCUCUGGAGUGUGAGACAACCUUCUAGCGAGGAUGAGAUAUGAGGUAUGGGGAUGGAUGCCGUGUAUUUGUAGGAGUUUGGAGGACAAAAGGGAAAGUCGCAGAGACUGGUGUCUCAUCUGCUAUUUGGUGGUAAUGUUUAGAUGUGACAAAGGCAGAAUAGAGUAUGUGUACUCAAGUGUUCC